CAAAACCAAAGUUCACUUGCUUUGAUUACUCUUAAAAACAGGACAUCUCCCUCUGUCCAGUCUGUGCUUCACUGUCAGUGGUUGAUGAAACAUGCUGUGAGCUGCAGCCAGAAGAAGUAAACCAUGAUGCGUGCAGCCCUGAAUAUCUGGAUCUUAUCAGCAGUGGUCUGCGUGGGGAGAGGCCACCAUCAUCAUGAACAUCAGACAGACCAAGAAACUGUACCCAACACCAGCAGUGUCUCACUGGUGGCUGCAGCAAACAAAGAAUUUACCUACCGUCUGUACCGGAAGUUAGCAGCUCACGCAGAUUCACAAGGUAAGAACAUCUUCUACUCACCAAGGAGCGUGUCCAUCGCCUUGGCUGCCUUGUCUGUAGGAGCGCGGGGAGAGACCCACCAGCAGCUUUUCAGUGGUCUGGGUUUCAACAACUCCCAGCUGACACAGGCAAAUGUAAAUGAAGCUUUCCAAACGCUCCUUGGAAGGGCGUCUAAUGAAAACACCAGUGAGGGGACCGCUGUGUUCGUGGAUAACCGCUUUAAACCCAACCCUGAUUUCUUGGACGUCCUGAAGCAAUCUUACUCUGCAGAAGGGUUUAAUGUUGACUUCACCAAAACCACAGAAAGCGCUGAUACCAUCAAUAAGUAUGUGGCUGACAAGACAAAAGGAAAAAUAGACAAGCUGGUGGAGACCCUGGAUGAAAACACAGUCAUGUAUCUCAUCAGCUACAUCUAUUUCAAAGGAAUGUGGCAGACUCCAUUCAAUCCUAGGCUGACCACGAAUGACGAGUUCAUUGUGGAUGAGAACACCAAGGUUCCAGUCCAGAUGAUGAAUAUGGAGGAGGAUGUUGAAAUCUAUUACGAACAGGCAAUUAACACAUCAGUCCUCCACCUUCCCUUCAACAGCUCCUACUCCAUGCUGCUGAUGUUGCCUGACAAUAUGGCAGACCUGGAGAAUGUUAUUUGCCCAGGCCAUAUCACCAAAUGGCUGAAAUGGAUGAAGUCCAGGAGAUAUGACAUAUAUGUUCCAAAGUUCUCCAUCAAGGCCUCCUACAAGCUGAAUGAUGUGUUGACUGAAAUGGGGAUGACAGACAUGUUUGGUGAUCAUGCAGACUUGAGUGGCAUUUCAGAGGGGCAAAAACUGGCAGUCUCAGAGGUUGUGCACCAAGCAACCCUGGAUGUAGAUGAGGCUGGAGCCACUGCCACAGCUGUUACAGGCAUUGGCAUCACGCUUCUGUCCUUCCGCCAUGUCCCGGUCUUGAAGUUCAAUCGUCCAUUUAUGGUCGUUGUUGUUGACCGCACCACAGAAGACACCCUCUUCAUGGGCAAGAUUGUCAACCCAAACAUAUGAUGGAGGAAACAUUGUGUUCACCCAAGCACAGCUGUUGCAUCACAUAUAGAAUACAAAUGCAUAAAAACAUUUACUCUGUGGUCUCUUCUUUUAUGACAGAGUGUGAGGAUGUUAUCAAACAGGCAUUCCCAUAUGUAUUUGUCAUUAUAACAGAGAUCAUCUUUUAUAACAAAUAAAAAACAUUUGUUGACUGGUGA